AUGGGCAUAGCAGAUGUCACAUCGACAGACGUUGAGACGGUGGUUGUGGAUGAUGAUGAUGAUGAUGACGAUGAUGAUGAUGAUGAUGAUGAUGAUGAUGAUGAUGAUGAUGAUGAUGAUGAUGAUGAUGAUGAUGAUGGUGGUGGUGGUGGUGGUGGUGGUGGUGGUUGUGGUGGGGGUGAUCGUGGUGGUGGUCGUGGUUGCGGUUGUGGUGGUCGUGGUGGUGGAGGUGGUGUUGGUGGUGGUGGUGGUGGUGGUGGUGGUGGUGGUGGUGGUGGUGGUGGUGGUGGUGGUGGUGGUGGUGGUGGUGGUGGUGGUGGCUCGGGAGGGCGGUCAGCGUUUGUUGACGGCUUGGGAGGCGAGGGAGAGGUGGACGGAGAGACAACGGUUUUUGCAGUCCGGGUGCUGCAGUUAGUCCAGAGGUUUCCAAUAAGUUGGAGGCGGUUGAAAGUUGCCGUUGUGAGGCGGCGGCGGUAACUGAGAUUUGGGUGCCUCGCGUUUGGCUGUAGGGGUUUUCAGCGGUAGGUUUACGCGACGGACGCUGUAGAUCUCUCACUUGUUCACAGGUGUAGACUAUGAAUAGCGUCCAUUUGCUAUCACCCAACUCUCACAUGUGACUGCUCGAAGGUAGGCUCCGCCUUGCGGCCACAUCCCAGUUACCGCCUCGACCGGCGGGCUAAAUCAGACGGGGGUAUCCGUGUGUGUAUCUCCGCGCACGAUAAUUUCGGCGUGGCCGGAUGGAUCACCGCAUCGGCAUCGCCGAUAUGAGGCUCUGUCUGGUAUACCGUAGGAAACCACGAGGUAUGCAAGCCCUCAGGUAAGCGAAUGUUACUCUGCUGCCCUUGACUCGUUUUUUUGUUUGCCUGCUCUCUGACUGCUAUCGUGUCUGUCCUUGUUAGAACUAACUGCCCUUCUUUUAAGUCUCAUCGUCGGCAAUCCCAGACUAACUCAGGUCGUUCUUCCACAAAACAAAGACGUGGUCCAUAGUUGAUUUCGGCAGCCACCUGGGACAACAGAGCAUCCCUAUUUAGGGAGGAUACUGCCCAUCCCCACGAUAGGGAAGGAGCUAGAAAAGGCGCACUAAUCAAAUGCUUGGGAACAGCGCCGUCUGAAGGCUGACAGCGGACGCAGACGCAAAACUCACGAUUAAAAAUCCCAGCUGUUGAGAAAAGAAUUGUAUAAAAAUGGGAUUAUCCCUGAAUGAAAAAUCUGCCUCAGCAGAUGAACUGAAAUGCUCCACAAGUACCUGAUUCAGAAAGCGGUCGGCCCUUCUUCAGAACCGUAACGCAGCACCUGGUAGAGAUCUGUUGCCCACAUAAGAGGAAACCGCGCACUUCUCGGCAAGAGUGAGUGACGUCAGAAAUAAAGAAGAAUCUUAGAUUAAAAAGAAGACUUUGGAAAAAUUACGCCAGAUGCCAACAACCAGAGCAUUUUACUGACUUUGAAAAACAGAGGAAUAAAUGUCGGAAUCUUCUGAGGAGGGAACGGAAAGAAUUUGAGUUAAGAGUGAUUACCAAAUAUCUCUAAAAAUUCCAAAAAAUUCUUUGGAUACGUGAACAGGACGAAACGCAACGGGGCCAGCAUUUCCUGUCUAAAAGAUCGGCAGGAGAAUAUGCUUAUAUGUCUUAUAGACAGUACAGAGGGGACAUGACCAUGGCCUUCAGGAUCGUCCGAGGGCUAGACUGUGCUCUUCAGUUUGACGACUUCUUCGAACUGGCGCGGACGACAAAUCUCCGAGGGCACGCAUACAAAUUGAAGAUGAAACAUGCCAGACUCGAUUUGCGGGCCAAAUUCUUCUCUCACCGGCUGGUUGAGGGAUGGAACAAACUGCCGAACUCCGUUGUCUUAGCGGAAAACGUCGAGACCUUCAAAAGAAGACUAGAUAAACUUAUGCUUGAUGGUCAAACAUUUACAUGAUAUCAAUGGCUGGUAUAACUGCUAUGUAAAUAUCUGCAUGUUUUUUUCUACGUCUAUCUGUAAAUAGGGUUUUCCAAGGCUCUGCCUCUAUCCCUCAUAUAUACUGAAUUAUACUGAAUUAUACUGUCUGAUAAUUCAGACAAGCCGAACCCGUUAUCCGAUUUCUUCACAUCUGUGUACACCGAGGAGCGAGCUUUUAAUGAAAAAAGUUUAUCCUUCAAUUGUCAACUCAAGCAAUACAAUUAGCACGGUGGCCCUCAAAACAGACACGGUAAGGAAAACUUUGGGUCAAAUAGAGCCCAUUAAGUCGCCUCGUCCGGACGGCGUGCUCGCAAAAGUCCUGAAUGAACUCUCAGACCUGCUGGCCUCUCCGUUAUCCAAGAUCUGCAGAACGUCGAUGGAGGCCGGGGCUCUGCCUACCGACUGGAAGAAAGCAAAUAUAGGCACCAUAUAUAAAGGUGGCGAGAGAACAGCCCAAAUAGUUUCACACCAGAUGGUCUCACCAGCAUCUGUUGCAAAGUGAUGGAAAAUGAAAUAAACACGGAGCUGAUGCAACAUCUUGAAGAAAGUAACUUGCUCAGUUUACACCAGCAUGGAUUCCGAAGUCGUCGAUGCUGUCUUACUAAACUGCUUGUAUCCAUGUAGAGCUGAACGGAAUCACUCGAAAUUGGUUUAUCAGUCGGCGCUGUCUACAUUGACUUCAGAAAGGCUUUUGAUAGUCUUCCACACAGACGACUUAUAUUUAGACUACUUCAAAUGGGCGCGAACGGAAGUCGGCCUAAAUGGCUAGCCGACUUUCUAACGGGCAGAUCUGAGCAUGCGUGUAUCGGAAACGCUAUUUGGAAUAGGCAUCCUUUCACAAUGGCGUUUUGCAGGGGAGCGUUCUGGGUCCAAUUAAGUUUUUACUAUAUGUGAAAGACUGCCUGUACUGUCUGAACCGAAAGCGUGCAAUGUUUGCCGAUGAUCUCGAAUUGUAGAAAUCAAUAGAUAAACCGGAAGAUUCGCUACAGUUACAAAACAAUCUGGAUCGCUUACAACAAUGGUGUGAUGAGUGACGUCUUAACCUCAACCUUAACAAAUACCAACUUAUCCGACUACGAUCUGGCGACAAGAGGCCGUUGAGAUUUGGACCUCACAACUUUUUUGAAGGUCACCAACUCGAAUCAGUCAACGAGUUAUGAGACCUCGGUGUGUGGAUUAUGUCAACUCUCAAACCAUUGUCUCACUGCGCCACGGUAUCAGAGAAAGCUGUGGGUAUCCUACGCGCGAUUAGGAGAUCCUUCCUCAAUUUUGACGAAGAACUUUUCGGCUGAGUAUUUGGAACAUUUGCUCGACAAAUGUUGGAAUAUUGUGUUCAAGCAUGGUGUCCCUAGACGAAACAAGAUUACACGUUGUUGGAGAACGUUAAAAGAAGAGCAAUCAAGCUGUUUAGGGAUUAUUUUGCUUACCUUAUGAGAGACACCCACAAUAGCUGAAAAUAUUUCACCUCCAUCAUAGACUACAGAGGGAUAUGCUCGUGGCAUUUAGGAUUGGCCGAGGGCUAAACUGUGCUCCUCAGUUUGACGACUUCUUAGAACUGGCGCGGACGACCAAUCUUCGAGUCCACCAAUACAAAUUAAGGCUAAAAUAUGCCGAACUCGAAUUGCGAGCUAAAUUCCUCUCCCAUAGGCUGGUUAAAGGAUGGGAUGAUUUGCCGAACUUAGUAGUCUUGACGGAAAACGUUGAGAUUUUCAAAAAAGACUUGAUAAAUUCGUGCUUGAUGACCAAAUAUUUGUUUCAUAAAAAUGACUGUUAUAAAUUUUAUGUAAAAAUGUGCAGGAUUUUCGUCCAUUUAUCUGUAAAAAGGGUUUUCUAGGACACUGCAUUCAUCCAUCAUGUAUACUAAAUACUGAAAUCAAUCAAAAUAGAAACAACACACUCUAUCUUCCCCUCUCCUACUCCCCGCCGCCCCGCUGGAUCGUGCUCCAAAUAAAAAAGUUUUUGCCCAUAGUGGAGUCCGACAGCCGUCCAGCAUGACUGUACAGCCCUUUUUAGGGAGAGUACUGCUCAAUCCCGCAACCGAGGUGGGGUUUAAAAAGGUGCCCUAAACAAAUGCCAGGAUUCAUGUGGUCUGCACGCUGACCUUGGCCACAGACGCAAAAUACACGGUCGAAACAACCAAACAAGAAACAACACACUCACUUUCUCCCCGUCCCCUCCUCCCCGCCGCCCCACCCGACAGACUAGUAGGCGAGUUCGCUCACUCUGGCAACCUGGAAUGUUCGUUCCCCUUUACACAAUCCGAGGAGCAACCGACCGGAACGGAGGAUGGCGCCGGUGGCUCGGGAACUGGCGUGCUACAAGGUGAAAAUCUCUGCACUCAGCAAGACCCGGUUCUCCGAAAAAGGCCAACUAGAGGAGGCUGAUGCCGGCUACACCAUUUUCUGGAGCGGCCGCCCCAGGGCAGAGCGAGGGAACGCGGGCGUCGCCAUCCGGAAUGACAUCGUAUAACGCCUAUCCUGUCUGCCGCAGGCCAUCAACGAUCGCCUAACAAGCCUCCGUCUGCCUCUACGAGGAGGCAAAUUCACCACCACCGUCAGCGUCUACGCUCCGCCGAUGACCAGUCCAGAGUAGAAGACGAACAAAUUCUGCGUAGACCUGUAUGCUCUCCUGGCAUCUCUGCCGAAGGCGGAUAAUUUGACUGUCGUUGGUGACUUCAACGCCCGCGUUGGCACAGAUCAUGCUGCCUGGAGAGGAGCGCUGUGUCCCCAUGGUCUCAACUGCUCUAACGACAAUGGCCUACUCCUCCUACGAACCUGCGCGGAACGCUGCCUCAUCCUGACCACCACCUUCUGCCUUCCGACGAAAGAGAAGGCCACGUGGAUGCACCCUCGGUCGCGGCACUAGCACCUGCCAAACUAUGUCCUCGUCCGGAGGUGAGACCAGCGGGACGUGCUGGUGACCAAGGCGAUCCCGCGUGCGGACGGCUGGGCCGACGAUUUCCUCGUCAUGCACAAGAUGCGGAUUCGCCUACAGCCCCGCAGGAUACCCCAAGGUAAGCAACCCUCAGGUAGGGAGAAUAUAACUUUGAUGUAUUUGCCUGCUCACCAUCUCCAUUUCUGCAACGAGCUAGCACAACGGGUAGCCAAAAUUCCAGUCGCUGCUGUUGCUGAUGGAACGCCUCUGUCAAGAACCGAUGGUGUCAACUGCGGAACUGGUUCGAUGACAACGGCACCGCCAUCAGCAACCUGCUCGCCGAGAAGAACCGACAGCACAGAGCCUACAUCAAUCGUCCACCGACGACAGCAAAGUAGCCUUCUACCGUAGUGGCCGCCUUGUGCAACAGGGACUGCAGGAGAUGUAGGAGGUCUGGACGGUUCGCAAGGCCGAGGAGAUCCAAGGAUACGUGGACUACAAAAAAUGGAAGAACUUCAUUGCCGCGAUCAAAAAUAUCUACGAUCCGCUAACCAAAGGAACUGCUCCUUGUCUCAGCGCGGACGAACGUACCCUACUCACCGAGAGGUCGCAAAUCCUACAGCGAGUGACCGGGCACUUUAGUGGCGUCCUCAACUGUCCCUGCACCGUCUCCAACGUCGCCAACUCCCGUCUCUCUAAAAUGGAAACCUUAGCCGACCUAGGGCUCCCGCUCUUGCUCCGCGAAGCAUUCGGGCCUUGCAGAAGCUCUCUAGCAGGAAAGCGCCUGGACCGGACGCGAUACCUAAUGAGUUGUACAAGCAAGGUGCCCCCCAAAUCAUGGAUCAGCUGAGGGCAUUCUUCCAGGAGAUGUGGCGUCAAGGAGAAUUUCCGCAGGAUUUCAGGGACGCUACAAUCGUGUGUCUGUACAAGCGGAAACGAAACCGCCAAAUUCGCGACAACCAAAGAGGCAGCUAGCUGCUGAACAUCGCCGGUAAAAUAAUGGCUCGCCUCCUUCCCAGUCGUCUGAACAACCACCUAGAACGGAGUCUCUUGCCGGAAAGCCUGGCAGGCUUCAUCAUGGAACCACGGAGAUAGUCUUUGCCGUUCGACAACUUCUUCGCCGCCUGCGAGAAAUACAACCUUAUUAUGAACACAGAGAAGACGUUGAUCAUGCGCCAAACACCACCCACCACUGUCCACAACUCGCCGCAAAUCACCGUGAACGGAGCCCAACUGCAAGUGGUGGACUGCUUCACGCAUCAGGGCAGCACCAAGAUCGACGACGAAGUGACUCACCGGAUUUCCAAGGCCGAUCACACACAUACUAUCACUCUCCAUACUAUUCAGACUUAAUCCUUUAUUUCGGCGUAAAAUUUGUUCUAAUGGUAACCUCAAGGUGCUAGAAAAGGAAAAACGAAGACUAAACAUUCAUUCGGAUUAAGUUCGGUUUAGUUUAUUCUAGAAAAAUUUAUGUGUUCACCUCUUAAUUUCCUGUACAUAAUGGUUCGGCGGGUGAACGCCGACGAUCCUGACAUUGGGACGCCGGUCUCAGUACGACGGAAGCCCAUGUGAUCGUCGAAGCCGAUGUCUGAUGUGAAGAUGCGUUUACAACGAUUACAGGGUGGGAUUGAGCCCAUAAUGUUGGUGGUAGGGCUGGUGGUGGCGAAUGUUGGGGUUGACAGAGCUUCGGAAGUGUUCUGACUGGCUAUUCUGUAUAAAGUUGCGAAGAAGUUUCUUCUUUCAUUCACGUUCGCCAGCACAAUAUAUCACUUUUGGAAAAUAUGAUCAAAGAUGACUAUGGCGGUCCGGGCGGUCGGACACAUGCACAUAUUUGCAUGCGAAAAUUAGCCAACCAAUCAUAAGUUUGAUUGUAGGCUGAUCCAGAACACUGGAUUUGAAUUGUGGUGCGCGGUAACGGUUUUGCUUUGCGUGUUGUAGCCGCUCCUUUGGUUGACCCAGAAGGCACCGUAGUUAGUGUUGUAGCUGGACUUGACGUUGCUCGUAAAAAGGAUCCGUCGUCUGACACGGAUUUAGGAUCCUCCGUGACAACACUCAUGGUUCCAACAACGGAGUCCACACAGACAGAGUAUGUAACAGAAGUCGCUGAUUACUGAGUAAAUAUGAUCCGCGGUGGGAAAACAGGAGAAGAGAGAGCGAGAAAGACAGGGAAGAAUAUAAAAUAGAAUAAAAGGGGGGAAACGUUAAUAUGGUUCGAGAGGUGGGCUCGGAGUAGUUCAAUGUUGUCCUUCGGGUAGCAAAAUAUCGACGGAUGCGUUCGCCUCGACGUCCUUGCCUGCAAAUCAGAAAUGAGUGAUUCAACCACGCUGCUCUCUUUCUUUUUCCCGCCUUAUUAUCUUUCACUCCCAUAAAGUCAAUUAACCCGCUAUUACAUGCGUGAUUGAUGUGUGCGAUAGUGGACGGGAUUGACACCCCUUCCUGAUUAAGCCAGUUGCAUAGAGACAAUGCCAUUUUAUAUGCACUCCGAGAAGAACCAGUCAAAAAAGACGGUGUCUGUCGGUGUUUAAUGGAUUCCCUCAUUUUACGUCGACGAAAAAGAACUUAUUUGAAGUGGUCUCCGCCCAAGUCGCCUUCAGUCUGAUUCAAUCGUUUCGGCAAUUGCGUUGUGCGCACAGCGCAUUAGUUCCUGAUGAAUGGUGCUGUCAAUAGUCACUUUCCAUGCAUGAUUCAGCAGGCGGCCACAACUGGGAGCGUCUGAACGAUAUUUCUGUUUUUCGAAGUAUUCCUUUUCCUCAAGUGCUUCUACAGGUGCAGGGUUGACGCCGAUAAGUUUAGUGUCUCCAACUCUUGUGUUAUCCGUCUUCGUCUUUUCUUAGAUUUCUUUCUAUAAAUAAAACGAUGUGAAAUUUUCUUACGUAGACUUCUGCACAAUAAACUAUGUGGUGAUUCUACGAGUACCGUCUCCGAAGAUAAAAUUCCACUUUAGGUACACUUUAUUCAGACCUUCCCCCGUCUGCACAUAAAACUCUUGUUCGUCAACAGUUGCGGGGUUUGAUUUCAGAGUCCAUCCAAGCUGCGGGCAUGGAUGAUGUUUUCGACAGUGCGAAGAGUCCCACAUCGGUUGAACUGGAACUAGCAGACCUUGAAUGGCAGAGAAACGUUAGAACAAUCGCCCUGAGCGGUGAGCGUGAAGGUAUAUAUGCGGGAUUUGAAAGUCAGUUGCAGAAUGUCUUUGA